UUUUUCGCGCUAAGGAUCUCCCGUGUAAAAUAUGCCGGCAAAUGGCUAAACGGGAUCAUCCGUGUAACAAAUAUUUUUUUUUAUCUUAAACUUACCGAUUGGUCGGUUAAGGGACACGUUUAGGGUUGAGUGCUUUAUUUAGGGUUUGUCUGGAUUGGCAUGAGCUGUAAUGGUGGGUGAGUGAAUAUUUGGACUGGGUUACAGGGCUUAGUUUUCGGUCUUGGUUGGAGUUGGGUCUGGGUUAUGGUUUGAGUCCCGUCGGUUACAUUUGGUCGGGGUGGUCUUAGUCAAGUUGAGCCUCGUUAGGUUGUCUUUUGUUCUGAAAUGUUUUGCAUCUGAUGGGGUUUUUCAGGCCGAUUGGGUUUUUAGGGUAUGGUUUGGAUGUAUGUGGUGAGAUUUUUUUUUUCUUUAAGUCUGCGUUGGUCUGGGGCCUGUUUGUGUUGUAAUUUGGUGUUUGGGUUGUGGCAAGUUCGGCAGUGGUAGGUACGGUAAGGUUGUGGUCAGUUUGGUGGAGUUGUUGUAGGUAUUGUGGGAUUGUUUUGGAUCAAGGAGUGUUUGGUCUGUCAGGUUUUGGUUGUAAAGCUGGUAACGUUGUCCUGUAAGUUUGUGUCAGGUAAGGGUUAUGGUGUUUGGCCAGGUUGAUCAGGUGAAAUUGGCUAGUGUUAGGUUCAAUCUAGAUUGUGAUUUAUUUUAUUUUAUACCUACGUGACUUUACCGAAAGAACCAGAGUAUAGUGUUAGGUUUUCUGAUUAUUUCAGGUUGUGGGAUGUUGGAUCAGUUUAAAUGACUGCAUAUAUUAUAUAUAGACACAAGUAUAAUCACUGUUGUGUUGUGGCAAAGUGGUCUUUGUAUGAAUUUCCCUUGUAUCAUAAAAUAAUGAGAAAGCAGGCAAGUCAGCUCGGAUAUUUAGGACCCGCAGAAACUUAAGUUGUUGCAUUGUAAAUGCUGUUGUGGAAACAAAUAAAUGUGUCUGCCCAAUCUUAUAAUCUUACAUUUUCACGUGGUAACUUAUUCACAAUAUAAGCAUGGCCUCGGGAAGGGGUCAGCAACCAAAAUAACAAGAAGAAGAAUUUUUACGAGACGGUGGUCCUUAAUAAAUAACGUCACGAAGCAGUCGUGAAAGGGCCGCACGUGGCUCCGGUGCCGCAGGUUGCAGACCCCUGGGCCUUGGGUGCGUGCUGUGACUCGUGAUGGCAAAACGGAUUGCAGACAGGGAGCUUAACGACCGCAACUGGAACGACGAGGACGAUGUGGAAGAGGCAGGAAGUUUUUCGGUCGCAAAUGAAGAUGUUCUGAAAGGCCGAGCCAUCAAAAAAGCCCGGCGGAGGGUGGGGGGGGAUACAUCAGAGUCCGCAAAGACAACUUUCAAGGGCUUUGGAGGAUUGGUGACCUCCAGCGCAUCUGGGUUCGGGUCCUUGAGUUCGGGGUUUGGUGGAUUUAAGCCUCUCGCGGGGCUGGCGAAUGGCAGCACAGUUGCCUCAUCGGCGCUGCCCACGACUCCCAGCAUGAGUGCAGCCACAAAGUCGGGUUUCCACUCCAGCGGCGGCACCCAGACGAAGAUCAGUCCCUUCAGCCAGGCGUCUUCGAAUUUGAAUGGCGAGAGCUCAGCCCUGUCGUCGUCCAGCACUCAGACUGCGCUCGCCCAGGCAGCCGGCAAAGGUUCGCCAAAAACCGGGAGCAGCACAGCGGAUGCCUCGCAGUCCACAGCACUCGCCUACAGCAGCCACAGUGACCACAGUGGGAGCGGCAGCGAAAAGGGCACGUACAACCACCAGCUGCGUUCGCUGAACUACUCGGUGCGCGACUGGAUCGUGAAGCACGUGAACGGCAAUCCGCUGUGCGACCUCACCCCCGUGUUCCGUGACUAUGAGAGGCACCUGGCCGACAUUGACCAGAAGUACAGUGGCGAGAGCGGCUCGGACAGCGACGGCGCUGCCAAGCUGUCCCGGAACGCCGAGUCACCAAAGGCUGCGCCGCUCAGCUUCCAAGGUCUUCAGGCGGCCAACGCCACGGCAGGCUCCACGACCGCCAGCAACAGCAGGCAGAGCUCAGCCGCAUCUUUUGCGAUUUCCGGAAAGUCUGCCGCUCCCCUGGCUGGGAGCGCAACUUUUAGUUUUGUAAAGACCUCGGCCAAAGCUCCAUUUGGCACCGCGUCUGCUACUGGCAACCCGGCACUGCCAACAUUUACAUUCACAAAUGCUGGGUUUGGUUCUUCACCAGCGGUGCCCGGAUUCAGCUUCUCUGCAUCGUCUGUGCAAAAGCCACUUGCCCAGGAGUCUGAAGAGCAGGAUGGAGAGGACGAGGAGCCUCCAAAGCCCGUCGUGAAUGAAGUGAAGGAGAGCGACGCCUUCUACUCAACAAAGUGUAAGCUCUUCUACAAGAAGGGUGAAGAAUUCAAGGAGAAAGGAGUGGGAAUGCUGCACCUGAAGCCGAUGGAGAACAAAAAGACCCAGCUUCUGAUCCGAGCCGACACCAGCCUGGGCAACAUCUUGCUCAACGUGCUGCUGCAGCCGUCCAUGGUGUGCACGCGCACGGGCAAGAACGUGCUACUGAUGUGCGUGCCCAACCCGCCGGUGGACGAGGGCAGCAAGGACGCCGUCGUCCCCAUGCUGAUCCGCGUGAAGACGGGCGAGGACGCCGACGAGCUUCACCGCGCUAUCGGCGACAAAAAGGGCUCGUAGCCGCUGUCACGUUGUGUAGGUGUGUGUACGCGUAUGCAUGGAGAGUGCUCUGUCGGUUUCCUGUGCAGAUUGGCAGUUGCCACCGUUUGUUCAUACAGAGGGCAGAACAGAACUUGAGAAUUCUGUCGGGCCACAAUGUUAACACACACACCUACCUUGGCAUCAUCCAAUAAUAGCAGGAAAAGUUAACGUGUCGGCCCAUUGCGAGUAUAUAGCAGGGGGCUCUUCCAUAUUGAGGACAAAACAAUAACUUUUGGCAGGGGCUGCAUGUUCUCACGUGUUUGCGUUACCUAAUGUGAAAAAAUAUGUUGAUAUAUAAUAGGGGUGGGAAACCUUUUCCUUACCGACGACUGAACGACUUUCAGUUAUCUUUGAUGGCCACAUUUCCCACCUUAGUGUUAUCCAAUUACACAGAACAUAACAUGUGGAUUGACCAAGUAGAAAUAGAAUAGGGGACAGGGUAACCAUUUCCUGUCCAAGGGCCAAAUAAAACUUUUAAAUUAUUUUGGAAGGGGCCCACAUGAGACUUGCCAAAUUGAAAGUAUUCCCCCUCUAGCUCCACAAUUAGUGCUGCUAAGACGCAAUGAUGGAGAUAUUGUUUGAGGGUUGUUUCUAAGUGAAGUUUCAGGUCAUAGGUUCACCCCCCAACCCCUUGUCCGAGUGCAUCCAAAAGAGUACAUGAUUAACGUGCAUACGCAUUCAGCGAAUGAGAUAUUAACCUGCAGGUAUCUUUCCAUUCAUCAGUUUGCCACAUUUUAAGGUGAACGUGUAAAUGUUUGUGCUGGGAGAAAAUAAACGCGUGUACUGGUUUAUACUGGAGUAAAUUCCGAAUGGCCCUGAAUGUUGGGCACAAACUUUUUAAACGAGUUUGCUUUGGAUACAGCUGCUAGACGUGUGGAUCAGCACUGUCAUAGAAAUUCACUGGUGCAUUGAGCCAAGUGCCUUUUGUAAAUUUGAAUUUUUCACCGAAUUAUAUUUAUUCGCAUUGUUAGGAGCUUAUGACACUGCUGAGCCAACAAUGCAUAAGGCAUAGUGAAUGAAAUGAAUCGAUCCUCUGGUCAGAGUUUGCAAGUGACCGUGAGCCCUGUCAAGGACUGUUAAGUUUUGCAAAUGGAGAAAAAUAUAUUUUGGUUUAAAAUUCAUUAAAAUUUAAAACAAACCUCUUAUUUGCAUUUAGCAAUUCUGUGUUGUGUACACAUGGGGGAUACAUCCAUGUAAAAGCAUAAUUUUACUUGUAAGUUUUACACUCGGCAGCCUACAACGUUGAACAUAUUUGCACGGAUGUUGAGUAACUACAUAAUGAUAAAAAAAUAGCUUACAUUUUUUUGACUAUUGGCAUGCACAAUGGUAAACAAAUAAAGGAGGCCCUGGUGGCUGUGAUGAAAGCUUUGUAAGAUUCGCUUAUGAAAUGUACAAAAAGUUUACAUGGCAAACGUCUUUGCAUUAAAAUGGUCGUCCAGUAGAAGGCAGCAGUGACUACCUUUUUGCAUGCCCAUGUGAUGCGUUGCAUACACUGAAUACAAAUCCUGCAUUAUUUGAAUACUACAGAGUGCUGCACAUGCAAAACAAACCUCAUCCGGUUCUGAAAAUGUAACAAUGAAAAGCACCCACAUGAGGCUGUAAAUUCUUGCUAGCGAGAUCAUUUAUUAUUCUUACAACUACAAUGAAAACAUGAUCAGUGCUUACGGCAAUAAAGUGUCACUACAUUGUUUAUAACCGGCCUCAAAUGUUUUCAGGAAAUGACAAUCUACUAGCGGCUGAGGGCACAUUGAUGAAUUAAGUGUAACUGUAAUGAACGUAUUGAAGUACAGUGAUUUAAGCCAUUCACAGCAUCUUUCCCAGCCUUCCCAUUAGAAGCAUUUCCCCACUGACAAAAUUUGUCAAAAUUUUGAAAUAACAAAAGGUGAAUCGCAUGUCAAUUUGUUUUUCAAAUGCUUGCUUCACAUGCGAUAGCUCCGGCUGUCUACAUGAAGAGAAUGGUGCUCGUGUCCGGAACCAAAAAUGUUCGAUAAAUACAGCCACAUUGGGAGUUUGCUUUGUGAACAGAAGCUACCAUUGUGCAAACAUGUAAAAUUACCACGGUUAUUUUCUAUUAACAGCAUGUGCAUGUUUUGCUAAUAAAGGUGCAUUACACUGCCAUAAUGAGAUUUUCUCCUUUACGAGUAAUGAGCAGCGAUGUGAGGACAGGAGGCAUGUGUGUUGGUCGAGUGAUGAAUAUUGCCUUGAGAAGUCAAGUCUUGCGCCUCACAAAGUCGAUGCGCGUUUAUCCCGAUCGGCAUGCUGUACACGGUAUGAAGCACGGAGAUGAUUGGCAAUAGAGCUACUGCAAAUACAACAAUGGAAUUGCUUUGCAAUAAAAUUCUGCAUCCUCCCUCUAA